UUCUAUAUGUCGAUGUAUUUAUCCUCCGGAUAACUUUAUCGGGAAGUGAAGAAAUCGGGCAUGCGUUCAGCAAAAACAAAAGCAGCUUUGUUGUAAAAUUCUUUCAUAUGAUUGAUUUAUACAUUAUUUAGAUCCAACAAGAACAAAUGGAACUAAUGGAAAGAACAAAUCGUGUGUUGAUUAAUUACAUUUGAUUAUUCUUUUUACAUUCAACUUGAUCAAUUUCUUCUUACAGCUUAAGGGCCAUUCUACAAUUGUGUAAACGUUGUUGUAAACAAGGUUGUAAAAAAUUGAUCAUAGUCAAUUCUUUUAUUGCAAAAAAAAAUAAUCAUUUGUGAUUGGUCAGUUUCAGGCUUUCAGCUCUCGCAAUCAGCUAAAAAAAAUAGGAGUGCGUUCCGUCACAGGUUUCGUUUCAUGAAUAAUGCGCGUGUAUCUCUCGUAGUGUUCAGUGUCUCGCGUGUCUUGUACUCUAGAUUUCUUGAAAAUGUAUUAACCUUUUGUAACCGGCUUUUUUGCUUAUAAGAAAAUUAUGUGAUAAGUGGAAUUAUUAAGGCUUAACAAAUAUAUAGAUAGAUUUAUGUUUAAUUUCCAAGUUACAAAGGUUAACACGUGCAUUUAAAUAUUUAAAUGUAGAAUAUUGCAUGUGAUUUUUUUGGAGCAGCAAAAUUUUCAACAUAUGUGCUGCUAAAUAAUGUGAUAUUUUCAUGUAGUCAAAUACGUAAAAAUACACAGCUCUACUUUUUUAAUCGGGAUUUACGCAAAAAAGAAGAAUUAGAAUAUAUUUGAUGGGGAGGCUAAACUUCUGCAAAUAAACUUCUCAGUAGACAAAUGUUAUUUUUCGCAUAUAUAACACAUUAAUUAUCUCCAAUCGAUAUUUUGAUAAAAACUGAAAAAUAAGGAGUAAUUAGAUGUUUAUUCCAAUGCACUAAAACUGUAUACAUAAUAACAAUGUCAGAUAAAACAGUGUUUGUUACGGUUGGUACAACAAAAUUUGAUGAUUUGAUAACUACAGUACUGAGUCGUGCAGUUCUAGAGGCUCUGUCAACACGUAAUUACAAGCAUCUGAUCUUGCAAAUUGGCAAUAGCAAAUUAAAACCAGAUUGCACAGCACGUUAUGGUUUCAAUAAGAUAGAAACUUUCAGAUUAAGUCCAUCUAUCGGGGAAUAUAUGCAACUGGCAGACCUCGUGAUAAGUCACGCAGGUGCGGGCAGCGUGCUGGAGGCUUUAGAAAAACACAAACACUUAAUUGUGGUAACUAACGAUUUCCUUAUGGAUAAUCAUCAGAUUGAACUGGCCGAGCAGCUGUAUAAAGAUGAGCACUUGUAUUAUUGUACUUGUAAAAAUUUGUUACAUAUUAUACAAACAAUGGAUUUGACAAAGUUAAAGCCAUUUAUUAACGACAAGAGUGCAGAUAUAGCUAAUUUUAUCGACAAAAUAAUGGGAUUUAGAUGAUGACAAUGAUUAUGAGACAUUAUCUUUCACUAAUGAGCAAGGGAAGAGACCAUCUUGUAUCAAUGUUUAAAAAAAAAGUCGAAGCUGUGGGAACAAGCAGAAAUAUUUAUAUAUAUUUGAAUUCUUAACAUGUUUUACAGUAAGGAUACAUAUUCCAUAAAGUUUAAAUUCAAUAUCAUAAUAUAUUAUAUGCUUGAUGUAAUUUACAAUAGUACAUUAUACACUUAAACAACCAUUCCUCAAAAAACUAUAUAUGUUUACAUAUUAUAGAAAAAUUUAUAACUCUGCAAUAGUCAAAUUGUGACUGAUCAAUGGCAGUUUUAACGUUCCCCCGAGAUAAUUCGUAAAUUAUUCUUGGACAUUUGCCACUGUUAACGUAACAAUUAAUUCUGUAAAAGUAUUAUAAAGGUUGUUCGCGCUAUUAAAAUAAAUCUAGCGUUUUAAAAAA